AUGUCUGCCAACCCCGGUCAAAUCUCACCCCUUCGAGGUGUCACUCGACACAUCACUGGCCACAAUGAAUCAGGCAAAGCAAUCGUUCAAUCUUCGAGUCCAGGCCAGUGGCAGUCAUUCGAAGAAAGCGCCAUGGCCUUCAAUGUUGUCUACACAUCCCAAUUCCCCGCCGAUCUGAACAACGACGCGGACAUCAAAAAACACGAACAGUUGCAAACAUCUAAGAUGGGUCUGGUGAAUCCUGGUGGAACCGUAUGCCGCAUUGUGGACUUUGCGCCCAGCAAUGAUGCUGUUGUGCACCGCACACAGAGUCUCGACUAUGGUGUGGUGCUUGAGGGAGAGAUUGAAUUGAUCACCGAAGAUAGCGAACCCGUUAUCAUGCGACGGGGCGAUGUUGCAGUGCAGCGGGCUACAAUGCAUGGAUGGCGUAACCCCAGCGAGACCGAAUGGGCGCGUCUCCUGUUCGUGCUACAGGAUUGCCAGAAAUUGACGGUCGCUGGAAAGGAAAUGGGAGAAGAUCUGGGAAUUGCUACCGGCGUACUCAAUCCCAGUGGAAACUGA